AUGCAACAACUCAUCGCCUGUUUCAAGGAUUCGUUUGCGUUUGGAGAACCUGAUGGAGUCGUCUUCAGAAAUUACGACUACCUUCUGCCAGAAGACUGUCUACCACUGUCUCGGAUACGCUAUGGAAUUGCGGACUCCAAAUAUGGAUAUCGAUAUAAGCUAUUAUGGGACGGUAUAACAUCAUUCUUUGAGAACCACGAACUGAUUAGUAGCGACACCGGGGCAGAUCAAUUCUCUGUUGCAUUGAUUGUCAUAUCAAGUGGACCACUGUUUGUUGACAUACGUCGUUAUAUCAUGGCAAUUGAUAAGCGUCCUGAACUCCUACCUGCAAAUAGUGGCCUGCAUCUGCAGUUUUACAUUCCCGUCACUGCAACAGAAAACCAAGCCGCUUUUAUUUGGCCAGCCAUUGGUCAAGCGUAUGACAUUCCAGCAUCUCUUUCUCAAUCGGAGUUGAAGCUGGCGACAAAUUGGCUAAAAGAUUGCAUCGCAGGGUCUGGAAAGCAUCAGAGAUGUGGUAUACAUAAAGACCUUCCCAUUUUACCUACUCGUAUCAUAGACGUUGGAUCCUCGGAUGAGGAAAUCUGUUUACAUAUAUCGCAGGCUGGAGAAAAGGGUCAGUACGUUGCACUCAGCCACUGCUGGGGCGGAGCAGUAACGACUAUGACCACCACAUCUACGAUACAAACUUUCGUGAUGAGUCUUCCAUCCGAACUACCAAAGACGUUCAUCGAUGCUAUCACAGUAACAAGAACUUUGGGUCAGAGAUAUCUCUGGAUAGAUUCCCUUUGUAUUUUGCAAGACUCGGAGGAAGACUGGAUCACCGAAUCUUCCCAAAUGGAUCGUGUAUACUCUCAAGCACUCUUUACUAUCGUUGCGGAUGCCGCCAACAACAGUUCCUCUGGAUUUCUCGAACCGCCAACAAGGAAUAUUCGAAACACCUCGAUUGUUACCUGUAACUUUACUACUUUGACCUCUACGACACCGUUAUCAAUCGCAAUCCACGUACGGGAGAGAGGCGAAUUGGCGUUUCAACUUCCCUACCAUGACUUUCAUUCCGAUUCCGAUAUGAAGCAGAUAAGCUGCGAAUUUCCUAACAAACCAGAAACUGUUAUUCGUAGUAAGCUCUCAACGAGAGCCUGGGCUUUUCAAGAAAGACUCUUAUCGCCCCGCACUCUACACUUCGGUCCUUCGGAAAUGGCCUGGGAGUGUCAGACCAUCUGUAGCUGUGAAUGUUCCGCGACGAACGAGCGAACGAGCCGCACCACAAGCUUGUUGAAGGGAUCUAUCGCGCUCCAACCACUCCCAAUCCUCGGCGAGGAAUCAUCGCAAAAUUUGUCGAGGGCUUGUAGUGACGCUUGGCAAAGGGAUAUCGUAGAAGAAUACACUCGGCUAGACCUCACAAGGGAGACAGAUCGCCUAUCCGCCCUUGCCGGCCUAGCUACACGGGCAUCGAUUUUCCGACCAGGAGAUCAGUACAUGGCGGGAAUGUGGCGAAAAACCAUCGCGGAAGAUCUAGCAUGGUACACGCGUCCCGAAAAGAGCAGUCGGCGACCCGUCACUAAAAAUCAAGCUCCAACCUGGUCCUGGACGUCCCUAACUGGGCAUAUACAAUAUACACGCACAAAUGACACUCUCAGGAAUAACCCUCUAAUGGAAGUUCUCGAUGUACAAUACAUUCCCGACAAGCAAUCACCCUUGGGAGCAGGACCGGCAGCUCCCGCUUCGCUUAGAGUUUUCGGAUACCUGAUUCCCAUGGCUAGUGUAUGGUAUCAACCGUAUCGUUUCGUGCCGAUAGACGAGGAAAGAGAAGAGGGAACCUGGAUGUUGUCGGAAGAGUAUCGCUCCUGUUAUCGGAUCAAGUGGCCUCCGAAUGUCGAGUUGCCGGAAAAUUGUGUUGCGAUGAUGGAUAUUCAUCCAGUGCACGAACCUUAUGAUGAGAAGAUUCGACUGAAUAGAUUAGACGGGAUGGAGCUUGAAAGUGGUGAAUGGGUUAUGCUUCUUAUGGCUUUGGGGAAAGGGGUUGUGUGUGGAUUGGUUUUAAGUCCAUGCUAUGCACAAGAUGAGGUGUCUGGAUAUGAGAGGGUGGGAUUUGUGAAUGGCUUGGACUCGAUUGCGAGGCUUAAGUGGGUUUCUGCUUGGAAUUCGCAGGGGUAUUACGGGUCUGGAGAUAUGUUUGAUGUUAAUUGGAAGGCAGGUGAGACGGCAUUGCAGUCUAUUCUCAAGCAUACGGGUAUUGAAAAGAGUGUAGUGAGAAUAUGGUGA